UUUUCGCAACAAGGCCGCCCUCCCGUUUUAGAUAGGUUUAGCAUGCCGUAACCAUGGUUUGGUGCCAUUUAUCACAUUUACGCCACUUUCUGCGAGUUUCCUGCCACCGGACAGCAUUCGUAAACACAACGAACCAUUUGCACUCCUCACCAUGCUGCCGGACGGAUGAUAUCGAGUACGAUCAGAUACCGGUGAGCAGGAUACGCAACUUUAGCAUCAUCGCGCACGUGGACCAUGGUAAAAGUACUCUCGCCGAUCGGUUGCUAGAAAUUACCGGCACCAUUGCAAAGCACGCCGGAAACCGGCAGGUGCUGGAUAGUUUGCAGGUCGAGAAGGAGCGAGGCAUCACCGUGAAAGCACAGACCGCCUCGUUGCUCUAUCAGCACGCCGGCGAGCGCUACCUGCUUAACCUGAUCGACACGCCGGGUCACGUGGACUUUUCCAACGAAGUAUCGCGCUCGCUGGCAGCUUGUAACGGUGUGGUGCUGCUGGUUGACGCCAAUCAGGGCGUUCAGGCACAAACCGUGGCCAAUUAUCACCUGGCGCGCUCAAAGCAUCUGACCAUCGUGCCGGUGCUGAACAAGAUAGAUCUAAAAAAUGCACGCCCAGAAGCGGUCUGCAACGAGUUGUUCACACUGUUCGAUAUCAAUCCCGACGAGGUACUAAAAGUAUCGGCCAAACUCGGAACCGGCUGCGAUGAGGUUUUGCGUAGCGUCAUAGAACGCUUCCCUGCGCCGGACGCGAACCGUGCGGCCCCCUUUCGGGCUCUGAUUUUCGAUAGCUGGUUCGACAAGUAUCGCGGGGCGUUGAAUCUGGUGUACAUAAGGGACGGUGAGAUCCGACCGGGACAGGAGAUUACGUCUUGCCACACGGGCAAAGCGUACGAAGUGAAAAGCUUGGGCCUUUUGCAACCGGAUGAGCGAAAAGUGGACCGCUUGGUGGCCGGUCAAGUUGGGCUGCUGGGCUGCAACAUGCGCACCAGCAGUGAGUCCCAGAUCGGUGAUACGUUCUUCCUAAAGCAGCACAAAACAUGCAUCCCCCUGCUGGGCUUCAAGCCGCUACGGCCGAUGGUCUUUGCCGGUGUUUAUCCUGCCGAUCAGGCCCAGCAUCUGGCACUGAAGAGUGCGAUUGAGAAGCUUGUACUGAACGAUUCCGCCGUCACUGUUACGCCCGACUCCAGUCCGGCACUUGGGCAGGGUUGGCGGCUAGGCUUUCUCGGGCUGCUGCACCUGGACGUGUUCAAUCAGCGAUUGCAGCAAGAGUACGACGCGGAACCCAUCGUCACGGCACCCUCCGUGACGUACAAGAUUAAACUCGCCGGGUCGAAAGCGAUCGCCGCCCACGGGGGGAAUGAGAUCGUCUAUAUCAGCAAUCCGGUCCAGCUGCCGGAUCGAACGAUCGUUGAGGAGUAUUAUGAACCGUACGUACUUGGCACGAUCAUUGCCCCAACCGCGUGCAUCGGACCGAUCAUUGGGCUGUGCGUCGAACGUCGGGCGGUGCAGAAAAAGUCACUCAACAUUGACAACGAGCGCAUAAUGACCACCUACCUGAUGCCGCUCAACGAAAUUGUGCUGGAUUUUCACGAUCACCUCAAAUCGAUCAGCUCCGGUUACGCAAGUUUCGACUACGAGGAGCACGGCUAUGUGGCUACCAGCAUCGUACGGAUGGAUGUACUGUUGAAUGGCCAGCUAGUGGAAGAGCUGUGCACCAUUGUGCAUACCAGCAAGGCUCAACAGCAUGCCCGCGAGCUGGUGGUCAAGCUGCGCGACCUUAUUCCAAGACAAAUGGUGCAGAUCGCGAUCCAGGCGGUGGUCGGUGGGAAAGUGCUGGGGCGCGAAACGAUCAAAGCAUACCGAAAGGAUGUGACAUCAAAAUUGUACGGUGGCGACGUUACGAGGCGUAUGAAAUUGCUGAAGCAACAAUCGGAGGGCAAGAAAAAGAUGAGAGCAAUCGCUAACAUCAACGUACCGCGGGAUACAUUCAUAAAAGUACUAAAACGGUAG